AUGUUCAGUUGCAAAAGUCUGAGGCGUUGCUAUCAAGAUAUGUUAAAUGAUCUACUGGACAUGGAUGAAGUACCCUGUGUAGAAGAUGCAGCCAUAGGUUUGAGCACGCUAACAGUUUUCCUGAAGGCUCUGAAACAGUAUUGCUACGAUGUGUUCGAUGUUCUUGGCGAUCACAUGACCUUUGAGGGCAGAACUCUUUAUGAGGUGCAUUUAGCUCAUGGUGCUCCCCCCAGCAACAUUCCGAAGGGAGAACGAACAGAUGAACCCAAGCCAAUAUUUAUCAUAGAAGCAGGCCAGGAAGGUGGUUCAGAAUCUGUCAUGAUGGCGCUAUUCAUAAUUGAACAGCUAGUUGCCUGCGAAGAGUAUGACCAUAUGCUUAGAAAUGUCCGAUGGGUCAUAUUACCGUGUACCAAUCCCGACGGACAAGAAUACUCGAGAUAUAGCAAAAUACCAUGGAAAAAGAAUCUGAAGCCAUCACAAGACGAUGCAAGUUUUGGUGUAGACUUAACUCGCAACUUCGAAAGCCAAUGGGGAGCAUGUCCCAAAGUCGAUUGGGGCUUUUCACAAAUAUACCCUGGACCGCAAGCUGCAUCAGAAAAUGAAACAAUGUUUAUCAAGAACGUUUUAAGCAAGCACAAAAAAGAUGCCCAAGUGUAUUUGUCGAUAAAACGCGACGGUCAUUCCAUCAAUUAUCCUUACGCCUAUACACGAUCUCAGACACAAAACCAUAACUAUCUCAAUAAAGUUGCCGCCGAUGUUAGUGCAAGGGUAAAUCAGAGAACUGCAAGUGUUCAUUUAUUCACUAAUUCGAGCAUUUUUGAGGCCGAAGGAAAAGCUCAUUGCGGUCAUAGUGUUGACUACGCUUAUGAUUUAGGCAUCCCUUUGACAUUCGAGAUGCGUGUUUUUCUAGGAUCGGAGAGUCUUAUAAUGUCCAAGUUCCAAUCAAUGCCGCGUGGAUAUGAAACGUCACUGAGAAAUGGAUAUUUUGUCGGCAUAAGAGAAAUUUACAACCAAAUAGUUCAUGAAAAAAAAUACAUCUGA